UUCUCGGACAAAAGUUCAAACUUCAGUUUGAUUCCGUGCAAGUAAAAAUUUUCCGUAUCAGAAAAGCGAUCGUAGCGCCGCCACUGAAUUGGUUAAGGACAAACCUUAUAAUUUUUGUUUUAUUUAGACUCGUGAGUCGGAUAAUCCGAACUUAAAAACAUCAGGCGAAAAAUUUAGUUUUGUUAGUAAAUAUUCCAUUACAAUGGCGUAUUCCGUCUUAAGCAAUGUGGCACGUCAAGCCGCCAACCUCAAGCUUUCCAAAUCAGUUUUACAAAGUACUGGAGCUCUUUUCAAUGGAAGCCAAACAAGAAAUGCAAGCAAAUGGUAUCCUGAUGAAGAGUUUUUAGAACAAUCUGCUGGUGUGGUUAUGUAUCCCGAUGAAACCACAUCAAAAUGGAAAAAUCUUUCUUACAAUGCAAAGUUGUAUCCAGCACCUGAAAAAGCAAUUCGUAACAUGGCACUUAACUUUGGUCCACAACAUCCUGCUGCUCACGGUGUAUUGCGAAUGGUCUUGGAACUUGAUGGUGAAGUUGUUAUGAGAGCUGAUCCUCAUAUUGGUUUACUUCAUCGUGGAACUGAGAAGCUUAUUGAAUACAAAACUUAUACUCAGGCUUUGCCAUAUUUUGAUCGUUUGGAUUACGUAUCAAUGAUGUGCAAUGAACAAUGUUAUUCACUUGCUGUUGAGAAACUUUUGAACAUUGAUAUUCCUAUACGUGCAAAAUAUAUCCGAACACUUUUUGGUGAAAUCACAAGAAUCUUAAACCAUAUUAUGGCAGUUGGUACGCAUGCUCUUGAUGUUGGUGCAAUGACACCUUUCUUCUGGCUCUUCGAGGAACGAGAGAAGAUGAUGGAGUUCUAUGAGCGUGUAUCAGGAGCUCGUAUGCAUGCUGCAUAUAUACGUCCAGGUGGUGUUAAUCAAGAUCUACCUCUUGGAUUACUUGACGAUAUUUAUGAAUUCUCUUCGAAAUUCGGAGAACGACUUGAUGAAGUUGAAGAUGUGCUUACAACAAACCGCAUUUGGGUUCAACGUACUGAAGACAUUGGCAUUGUAUCUGCUGAAGAUGCUCUCAAUUAUGGAUUCAGUGGCGUAAUGUUGCGUGGUUCUGGCAUCAAAUGGGAUCUACGUAAAACGCAGCCAUACGACGCUUAUCAUCUCGUUGAGUUUGAUGUUCCAAUCGGCACUAAAGGCGAUUGUUACGAUCGUUAUUUGUGUCGUAUAGAAGAAAUGCGUCAAUCACUUAGAAUCAUCGAUCAAUGCUUAAAUCAGAUGCCACCAGGUGAAAUCAAAGUUGAUGAUGCAAAAUUAACUCCACCAACACGUCAUGAAAUGAAAACUUCAAUGGAAGCUUUGAUUCAUCACUUUAAAUUAUUUACCCAAGGCUACCAAGUUCCACCUGGCUCAACAUACACAGCAAUAGAAGCACCAAAAGGCGAGUUUGGAGUGUACCUUGUAUCAGAUGGAUCCAGUAAACCUUACAGAUGCAAAAUCAAAGCACCAGGAUUCGCCCAUUUAGCAGCAAUCGACAAAAUUGGCAAACGACACAUGUUGGCUGACAUUGUUGCCAUUAUAGGAACAUUGGACGUUGUAUUCGGUGAAAUUGAUCGAUAAAUAUAUUGUAGACAAGUUUUCGUUUCUGUUAAUUGGAUAAAAUAAAAGAAAAAUAAAGUAAAUAAUUUAUCU